UCUAGCCUUUUACAUAAAUUGUUUAUAUCAAUCCCUGAUCCAAACUUUGACUUGUAUGCUCCCUGCUGACAGGGGACUCACUAACUGUAACAUGGGUAAUCUCACCCUCUGAAGCCUAGAAAGCUCUUCUUUCCCCUGAGCUGAAGUCUGUGCCCUGGGGCUCUGCAGACCUGCUGGGUCCCUCGGCCUGGGCAGCCAGCAAGUUCUGAAGAUAGAGCUUUACUCCCCAGGGCAAGCCUCUAGUUCCUUCAGGGUCUUUCUUGUACUAUAAUUCCUAGGUUAAUGCUUUGUCUUGCAGUAAUUAAAAAAUGGAAAACUCUGUCCUUAAUGUUCCUCUCAAGGAGAUGGCUUCUCUCCUUGAGAGAACAGUGACACAAGGAACAGCUUACUCCAUGUGCCAGGCAGUGGGCUCCGCCUCACACCCAGAGCCUCACUACAGACGCUGCCCUGACACAGAGGAAGUCAGAACUUCUGCUCUAGACAGAGAGACGUGUGGUCCUUCAGCCACAGUUACCCAGGCAGGGAAGGGAGGGGGGAUGACAGACAUGACACAAGCCUCUCCCCACCCUUACCCCCAGGAGAACUGCUGGGAUGAGGAAUAGCUCUUUACUGGAAACCAUUCAGUCCAAGGGAUGGCAGCUGCCCAGGGCCAUCCUGCUUCUCCAGGCUGGCCCCUACAGUGUCGCCAAGUGAGCCUCUGCCCUAGGUUCAAUGAGGGGAUGCUUAGAGAAAGAGCUCUAAUAGCCCCUCAGCUUCCAACAGCCUGAUGCCAUGGCUGACCGGGACCUGCCCUUUCUCCCCAGCACGCGGGCACUCACACCGACCCUUGGCAGAGAGAGGGGUUGGGAAUGGGCUGGCAAGGGAACAGAGACAAACGGAGAGCUGAGCCUAGUCUGCUUGACGUCCAGGGCUCGACUGCCAAGUCAGGGAAUAAUGGUGGGAAUCGGAAUCUGGCUUCGGUGGAUGGGAGGAGUCAGGAGCAGAAUCCAGGUGAGACCUAGGGCAGGUGCUGCGUGAGUAGAGAGGAGGACCGAUAAGGAGGUAGGAUUUUAUGGACAGGACCUGGUGAGUGACUGCAUGUGGGGCAGUGGCAGGAUCAAGGGUAGCUCCCAGGCUUGUAACCAGAAUGUGAGGAAAGAGCAUUCAGAAGAAGCACGUGUGAGGCCUCGCCUCAGACAUGAGCCGGGGCUGAGGAGGCCGCCAGGAAGCUCGCUGCCGAGACCGGGCCUGUGGGAUCCUAUUAAGGGUGCAGAGCAGUAAGGAGGCUCUUCUUCCAUGACGGGCACCCAGCCACUGCUGGAUGAUGCUCAAGGCAGCGGCUGGGUGGAAGAGGUCACCCCAGAACUUCUCCCCACGCAGGGUUCUCCUGUUCUCCAGGGACCCACCGCCUUUCCUGGGCCAAGGGCCAGCUUCACCCCCCACACAGGGCAUGGACCCGAGGGGAGAGGACAAACAGCCCACGCACCGCCCGCAGGAAAGGAAAACCACACUUGGCUUCUUCCCACAAAUCUCAAGCACCAGAUCAAGAGGCAGGAACCCAGUGGGCAACCUCGGCUUGGCCACGAAGUGCUGCUGGGGGGUGAAGAGGAUGAGCCUGGGGCCAAGGUGAUUGAGGAGUUCUACAACCAGACAUGGAUCCACCGCUAUGGGGAGCGCAUCUUGCCCGCCACACUGACCACGCUCUGGUCCCUCUCUGUGGCCAUCUUCUCCGUGGGGGGCAUGAUUGGCUCCUUCUCUGUGGGCCUUUUCGUUAACCGUUUUGGCCGGCGGAAUUCAAUGCUGAUGAUGAACCUGCUGACCUUUGUGUCCGCUGUGCUCAUGGGCUUCUCAAAACUGGCCAAGUCCUUUGAGAUGCUGAUCCUCGGCCGCUUUGUCAUUGGUGUAUACUGCGGCCUGACCACUGGCUUCGUGCCCAUGUACGUGGGGGAGGUGUCCCCCACGGACCUUCGCGGGGCUCUGGGUACCCUGCACCAGCUGGGCAUCGUCGUCGGCAUCCUCAUCGCCCAGGUGUUUGGCCUGGACUCCAUCAUGGGCAACCAGGAGCUGUGGCCCCUGCUGCUGAGCGUCAUCUUCAUCCCAGCCCUGCUGCAGUGCAUUCUGCUGCCCUUCUGCCCUGAGAGCCCCCGCUUCCUGCUCAUCAACCGCAACGAGGAGAACCGGGCCAAGAGCGUGCUGAAGAAGCUGCGCGGGACUUCGGAUGUGACCCGCGACCUGCAGGAGAUGAAGGAGGAGAGCCGGCAGAUGAUGCGGGAGAAGAAGGUCACCAUCCUGGAGCUGUUCCGCUCGACCGCCUACCGUCAGCCCAUCCUCAUUGCCGUGGUGCUGCAGCUGUCCCAGCAGCUGUCUGGCAUCAAUGCUGUUUUCUAUUACUCCACAAGCAUCUUCGAGAAGGCGGGGGUGCAGCAGCCUGUGUAUGCCACCAUCGGCUCCGGCAUCGUCAACACAGCCUUCACUGUCGUGUCGCUGUUUGUGGUGGAACGAGCUGGCCGGCGGACCCUGCACCUCAUAGGCCUGGCCGGUAUGGCAGGCUGUGCGGUGCUCAUGACCAUCGCGCUGGCGCUGCUGGAGCGGCUGCCCUGGAUGUCCUACCUGAGCAUCGUGGCCAUCUUUGGCUUCGUGGCCUUCUUCGAAGUGGGCCCCGGCCCCAUCCCAUGGUUCAUUGUGGCUGAACUCUUCAGCCAGGGCCCUCGUCCAGCUGCCAUUGCUGUUGCUGGCUUCUCCAACUGGACCUCAAAUUUCAUUGUGGGCAUGUGCUUCCAGUAUGUGGAGCAACUGUGUGGUCCCUAUGUCUUCAUCAUCUUCACCGUGCUCCUGGUUCUGUUCUUCAUCUUCACCUACUUCAAAGUUCCCGAGACGAAAGGCAGGACCUUCGAUGAGAUUGCUUCCGGCUUCCGGCAGGGGGGAGCGAGCCAAAGUGACAAGACACCCGAGGAGCUGUUCCACCCCCUGGGAGCUGAUUCACAAGUGUGAGGUGCCCCACACCACCAGCCCGGUCUGCUCCCAGCAGCCCAAGGAUCUCUCAGAGCACAGGCAGCUGGAUGAGACUUUCAAACUGACAAGAUCUCAGCAGAGCUGGGCCUGGGGCUCUUUCCUUCAGCCAGUAGUGAUGUCCAGA